AUGGCUGUAAUGAAACAGUUAUACAGAGCUGCUGUUCAGCAGGAGAAUUAAUGUGUUGCACUUGCUAUAUGAAUGAAGAAACCUAUAUACGAUCCGGACGAAAUACCGGAAAGGACAUCUGUUGUGACGGUGCCAGAUAAAGCCAUGAAAAGCCAGGAGCAGAAGAUGAACCAGAACGCCUUGAAAGCCCAAACGCAGAAUGAACCCAAACCACAGUGCCAGACCAAGAGCCUCCAGUUCAGAAGCAUCGCCCCCAAAGCGCCCCCAGCGGUGCCGCCCCCCACCGUCCUGUCCUGCCAGCCUCCCUCCGCCCUCCCAGAAGCCUCGGCGGCGGUCAGCCCCAAGUCCAUCAUCGUCCCCGCCCAGAACUACGCCCUCAUGCAGGUGGCCGGGCAGGAGGGGACCUUCUCCCUGGUGGCCCUGCCCCCCUCCAUGUCCCCCCAGUCCACCCAGCAGAUUCAGAAGGGCCCGCCUUUCCCAAAAAACCUGAAGCUGCCCAUUCCUAGGUACCAGCCCAUGCGGAGCAAGAGCGCCUCAGAGAAGGGGGGGGCAGCGGCGGCGGCGGCGGCGGCCGGGGGGGCCCGCGUGCGGAGCCCCGGCAAGGCUCCACGGCCAAGGCGGGGGGCGACGGUGACGCCCGUCCGGCCCGGAGAUUCCCUGGAGGCUGGGUCGGCGGCGGAUCCGUCGGAGCAGGUCAUACUCAUCGACUCCGGCUCCUCGGAGAUGGCGGUGACCACCCUGCUGGCGGAGAAUGCGGUGCUGGUCUCGGGCUCCGGGGUGGAGAAGCCCGCGGACUCCGACGGGACGGAGGGGGAGCGGGCUGUGGGGGGCCUCCUGCAGAAUCUGCGCUACCCGUCGAAGGAGACGCCGGUCUCCGCCUCGCUGUCGGGCGGCGACGGCCCCGCCUCCAAGCGCCAGGAGGGCGGGAGGAAGCCGAGGCCCUGCCUCUCCAAGCCCGCGGGCCAACCGGCUGGCAGCAUCACCGUCCUCUCCCCCACCAUCUUCAGCAAGGCGGUCCAGAUCAUCCCCUCCCCGCCCAGGGGCAAGCUUCCCAUCCUGCCCUACUCCAGGAUGAAAAGCGCCCUCUUCCCGGUGGCCAAACCCGGCGCCAAAUCGCCCGAAAAGGCCCCUCCCGCGGCCCAGUGUGGCCCGGCGAAGCCGUCCGACCCCUCCGCCCGGGCCCCGGGGGCUGCCGAGGUGGUCUGCGAGAAGCAGGCGCCAGGCACAGCGCAGCAGAACCAGUCCUCGGCGAAGAGCGCCGCCCUGCUGGGCGGGGGGCUCUCCGCCUUACAGAAGCCCGCCGGGAAGAAGAGGGGCAGGAAGAGGAAGACUGUGGAGGACAUCCUGGCCUUUGAGGCCCGCAAGAAACGCUCCCUCUCCUUCUUCCGGAGGAGGGUCCCGGAAAAGCCGGCCCCGGUCCCCGCGGGCCCCAAGGACAGGGUGCUAGACAUCUCCAAGAAGUACCGCAGCAUCCGGCCCAAGCCCGUGCUGGUGAUGGAGACGGUGCCACAGCUGGUGGGGCUUCCUGCCCUCUCCGCCUCCGAGUGCCUGGAGCACGACCUCGUUGUCAGCCCCCAUCUCUCUGCCAGCGGGGCCCAGGAGUCCCGGCGGCCGGAGCAGCCCGUGGGCCGCCCGGAGGGGGCAGGCGGCGGAGGCGGCGGCGGGGGCUACGCCUUCCUGGGCAGCCGGCAGCCGCACCGCUGCCCCACCUGCGGCCGCUGCUUCCAGUUCAAACACCACCUGCAGAGCCACAUGAACAGCCACACCAACAGCCGGCCCUACGCGUGCCCCGUGUGCCGCAAGGCCUACGCCCACUCCGGCAGCCUCAGCACGCACAUGAAGCUGCACCACGCCGAGGGCCGGCCCCGCCGCACCCUGCGCUGCGAGUUCUGCGACAAGGCCUUCGGCUACGUGGGCGUCUACUUCGGACACCUGAAGGAGGUGCACAAGGUCAUCCUGACCGUGGAGCCCUCCAUUGCCCAACACGAGGAGGACGUGCCCGUCCAGAGCCCGAUGCCGCCGGAACCGGCGGAGGAGCAGGAGCAGGAGCAGGAGGACCCCGUGGAGCUGCAGAUCAAAUGCGGCCGCUGCCAGGCCAUCACGCCCACCUUCGCCGACAUGAAGCUGCACCUGCUGUAUGUGCACGGCGAGGAGGUGCAGGUGCGCCUCCGCGAGGGGGCGCCGCAGGGGGGCGGGCGCGAGGCGGAGGACGAGCUGGUCAAGCACGCCGCCCACUACUGGCGGCAGCUCAACGAGAAGCGCAACCUGGUCAAGUGCGGCGGCUGCGAGGAGGAGUUCUUCUCCUUCUCCAAGCUCAAGAGACACGUGCACUCCCACCACCAGGGGGAGCCGGAGCGCGCCGCCACCGACACCGCCGCUGACGGCGGGGAGCCCGGGUCGUCCGCGCUGGCCGUGGCUCUCAGGACUGGCUCCGCCUUCAACUGCGUCCUGUGCAAGGAGCUCCUGGACAGCAAGGAGGAGCUUCUGGAGCACUGGAGGGGGCGGCACAACUGCGAGGACCCCUCCGUGCUGUGGACCGUGUUCAGUGCCUUCGUGGAGCGCGAGGGCGUCCAGUAGGGGGCGACAGUCUGACCUCCCAUAACCCCCAUGAGUCUCCCGGACACACCCACUUCCUGUCACGUCAAUAAAUUAUAGCACAGAGUAGAGAACACACAGUAGGUCUUUGUUUUUUUUUUUUU